AUGUGGUACUCAUCGCUAAUCGUUUUCAGUUUACUGAUCCUAGCAAUCGUCUAUCAUGCAAACGGUCUUCAGUGUUACAAGUGUAGUUGUACCGCUGCUUCCAAUGGAACAGGGUGUCAAAAUGACGAUGAUUUACAAUGCGUAGUAGAAUAUGUGGAGAACAAUUACUGUAUAAUCAAUCGAACUUCAUCACAUAAUAUUACAUUCGGUCAUAGAACCGAUGCUGACUUGGUGUUUUUGGAAAAUCUGCACUAUUUAAGAGCAAAAGAACAAAUUAGUUACGUAGAGAGCAGUUCUACUUGGCAAGCGCCUGUUGUCAUUGAAUUUACGUACGGUUGUGAUUGGAGUCUCUGCAAUUCACCACGAAUACUCGGUUAUCUUCCUAAGGGAUUAACCUUUUCAGUAGAUUCCAAUGUUUUAACUGCAACAUUGAUCCCUGCAGCCAAUGAAUCGUUGACAAAUUGUUUGAAUUGUACGAGAUGUGUGAAUUCAACAGGAGCAGUCGCUUGUGCAACACCAACGUGUAGCGGUACGUGUUUCAUUGACGAUCUUUUAGAUAAUCCAACAGUCAAUAAUGCGUCAUGUCUGUUCGCGUUCCAAAGUGUCUGUCUACCUGAAAAACGUACUGUAGCUGUUGAAAUAACAGGAACGUAUUAUAUCGAUAACGAUGAUUUUCAAUUGACUGAAAUCGAUAUGUGGUGCCGAAGCACGGAUUGUAACGAUCCAACUCAUAUUCAAACUAUUCAAAAGGAAGUAACUUAUUUAACACAAUUUAACGACCAAAUCUAUUUUCGUCCAGGGACAACAACCGCCAAACCAACUGAUGGUCUACGUGCUUGUUAUAAAUGUCAUUGUGAACACGAAAUUGGUAAUGAUACAUGCAAAGUUUUGGAAUGUACGAUUGAAUAUAAAAAUAAUAGUUAUUGUGAAAUAGUACGCGAUUUCAAAAGUUCUGAAGGAAUGGAGCUUAUUAUGCUUGGUCAUGUUGAUCGGGCUUAUGUGCCAUAUAAACAUUUCAUUCACGCUGAAGAAGAACAGAUACUGUAUACGAAUUUAACAUGGCAUCCACCUUCAAUUAAACUGAUCAGUUAUAUUUGUGAUUGGGACUUAUGUAACGAUGGUCGACUUGUCGAAAAACUGAUGACAAGCUUUCGAUUUGAUGCCGAACCAUCGGAAAUUGCUGCAUAUCUACAGAGCUCGGAAACACUCACGAGUUGUAUGCAAUGCGAAGUAUGCACUAACUCAACUUUAGAUUCCUAUAUGUGUCCAAAUAGUACAUGUUCAUCAACUGGACGUUGUCUUAUCGUUCAAUACAUUGAUCAUACUGAUUAUCAAAACUGUGAAUAUGCAUUCUAUGGUGAAUGUGAAAAUUUCGCCACGGAAUCAAGUAUAAUCAUAACGGCUACUUACAACAUCGAUGAUGACAUUUUAAAUUUCGAAGAAGUCGAUGUUUAUUGUUCAAAGAAUGGUUGCAACCGACCUGAAACAGUUUACAGCUUAAUAGAACUCAUCGAUGAAAAUAUUCAACUUGAUUCGCUAUUCUUUUUUCGACCAGUUUCGAACACAACAACACCACCGAUUAUCACUGAACCAACACCAAGUAUAACUACGACUCGCACAACAACAACUUCAACGAUGAGUACAACAAGCACGCCCUCAUCUGUCCCUACAAUGACUAUGUCGAGUUUUAUGAUCAUGUGUGCUUUUGUAUUAUGUUUUUUUAGCGAUUAG